AUGUACGCCACUUUAAACAUACCCACAAUUCAACCCCACUUUUUUUCGCCCCAAUCUUCGCCCAAAACCGCCCUUUCCCCAAAGUCACCCCAAUCCCCUCCCCAAAUCGUCCUUUCCCCAAAUUCCACCCGGUAUUCCGGCCGAAACAAGCGAAACCCCUGUCCGUCUGCCGUCUCGUAUGCGGCUGAGGAGUCUACUGCCGUGGGCACGCUCGGAGGAAGCUUGUACGAGGUUCUGAGAGUUCACCCCACGGCCUCCUUGACAGAGAUCAAGAUGGCGUAUCGCAACCUGGCGAAAGUUUACCAUCCCGAUUUAUCAGGGGAACGCACAUCAGAUGGCCGAGAUUUCAUCGAGAUCCAUAACGCUUAUGCCACGCUAUCGGAUCCGGCAGCGAGGGCGGUUUAUGAUCUGUCGUUGGCGGGGAGAAAUAGGAGGAGGUUACAAACGGCGCCGUUUGGUUUUUCGGGUCGUGGUGGAUUUUACCCGACCCGGAGAUGGGAAACGGACCAGUGUUGGUAG